UGACAUGCUUUAAACUACUUCAACUAAUUAAUCCCAAAUUAUAUCCUAUAAAGUGUAGCAAAUAAGACUCUGUUAAAGACUCUGAAUAGGAUCAUUCCCAUACCGAUUUAGAGCACAAGUACUGUAUGCGACAUUUCUUGUAAUAAUUCUAUUGUUUGCAUUCUAUCUCGAGAAUAAAACAAAAGCAGCACAAAGCUACCCCAAAACACGAUAAAGCUGUGCGAUAUAGGCUCGUAUACAUAUCUACUUUAAAGUAGAGCUGUACAUUAUAUCAAUUCAACGUUUCUACACAAAUGGUUAUAUAUAACUCACACUCAUAUAUGCAAACAUAUGUACAAAUGUAGAAAUUCAUGAAUAUUUUGUUACAGUUACUUAUUACUGAGUAUGUGAACCCAAAAUGCUACAAAGUACGUUUUCGUUGUCAUUCCAAUGGGUCCAGCACCCUCUCGGCUACAAAAGCUGGCGCUAAGCGCGUUUGAAUUACUCCCAGUACGUAGUUAGCUGUACAUGCCGCCGCUAAUUGCAUGCGCGUUAAUUGAUUGCAAGCAAUCUGGCCACUUCCCUUCUCUGGCGCAUUUCUGCCGGCUGCCCAACAACACCCCGCCCCUCACCUCCACACUUCCCACCAGUGCAGUACAUGCGGCACUUGUCAAGCUAUUGGCGAGCGCCACCAUUAUUGCAACAACAACAACUACAAUCAUCACAUCGUAUGUUGUGCUCGUAUCAGUUGAAUACAAGUAUACAAACACAGAUUCGUACACGUGUUUGUAUGUGUAUGGUGUUGCUAAUGCUGCUGUCGCUUGCUGCCGUUUGAAUGGCUCCGUUUGAUCUCAUUCGUUAGUUAAGCGCAUUGGUGUGAAAAAGUGUAUCGCACGGAUACGCGAUAUUAUUGUUGCCCGUUGAUUGCUUCAGUGUCGGUUUCGUUUUGUUAUUGUUAGUGCGCUGUUUUUCCUCCACUUCCACUUAUUAUGCUAUAACCGCUGUUGGAUUUUUUCGCGUAUUGUGUUAUUUUUCACACAAAGCUCAGCUCAGCACUGGCUGAACUUUAGUAAAUAAAUAAAGUGUGUGUGCUACGUUUGCAUGUUGAUGUGCGCGGCAGUAGUCACCAAACUGUUCCGUGAUUGUGGCUACAAAUUGCUGCCGGCGCCAUUUAAUUUUUGCGCUUGGAAAGUGUGAGUUUCGUUUUUUAGCGGAGUUCGUGUAUGACAUUGUGUUAUUUAACUAAAGGAGAGCCGGCACUUUGGUUUAAAAACUGAAUUUUACAUAGUCGGCGCAUUUGUCGUGCUAAUUUAAUCAGCCGUUUGUCGGUCAUUUAGUUGUCGCUCUUAAGCUCAGGCGAUAUAUAGAUUGUAAUUUAUUUUUUGCAUCUUAGCAUCGCUACAAGUUCGCUAAUUUGUCACUUUACGCAUUGUUAUUUCAUUACGAUUUGUAGUACAGUUGAAAAGCUAUGAAAAAUAUAUCUAAUAAACUAAGAUAUAUGAAAAGCCGACGGCAGUGCGUUAAGAGAAAAACCAAACACUGAGACCUUAUGGGUUUUCACAAAUGAAUUAAUUAGUAGUAAUUAUUGAAUUAUAAUUAAAAGAGCUUAUUAAUAAUAAUUUGGAAAACAUAUAACUUUAUAGUCAAGCUUUUAUAUUUAAAUAGAUGUGCAAAAAAUUAGAAGUUACCGGGCGCAAAGCAGUUGUUGACUCUCGCAACUAAAAAAAAAUUUUAAAUAUGCAAAGCAUAGAACCCCAAGAAACAGUAUCAGGGUAGAUAACUGUUGUAUACCCGUGCGUAUGAGUAACCUGCAUCUUAAUUACAUAUAUAAAGCAGUGGAGCAAAAAAGUUUUAUGAAAUAAAAUGUGAAUAUGAAUAUAAAUAUAUGAAUGUAAAUAUAUAAUCAAAACAGCCUAACCGCUAACGGAAUACAAUGUAAAUUGGAGUCAAUUAACUUGGGAACAUUGUUUUACAUUUUAAUUUUUACGAAAGCUAACAACUAAAUACAACAGUAAUUAACUUCACUAAACAAAGAAAGAGCCAUAAAUGUAUCCGAUCAGCAAAGCUAGUGUGCGUCUGUGUGUGUGCGUAACCACCAAAUCGACAGUAAAAAGUUUACUAAAACAAAACAUACGCUUGUAAUAAAAUACUUGUUUAUGUGCUUGAUUUUAAUAUCGAAAUAAACACUUGCAUAUUAAAUUACAAGCGAUUACAAUUAGUGAAUAGUUUUGAAAUGCGAAACAGUUGUUUAAAAUACAAUAAAUGGGAAACUAAUUACAGCAUUCGAUAAAAAACACAGCAGCAAACCAAACAAAAGUAAAUAAAAACUCAUUAUAAUAAAAUAAUAAAAAUUUAAGUUUGUUUAUGUGAAAAUAAAAUAGUGUAAAUAAGUGACAGCCCAAACAGGACGGUUUAAUUGGCAGGAAAAAUGGGCAAACCAACAACAAUUAUAACAAAAAUAAUAAUUUAAUUUACGCAGCCACAAACGUCCCCGCUCGGAAUCAUGUUGUCAAUUUUAAUUAAGCAAAGUGUAUUAAUUCGCAGCUCGUUGCACUAAUUAAGGAUAAUUAUCUACAAUAAAAAUAAAAACAACAAGAAACUGUAGCAUACAUUGUCUAAUAAAAUUAACCCAAGGCGCCCAUCGUGUAACAAAAAUAAAUUAGCAAGCGACAACUAAAAUAAAAGUUCUGAAAAAAACAACAACGAAAGCAAAUAACAAUACAAAAUCUAUACUUACUUUGAAAACCUCACACAGUAACUACAAAAACAUCGCAGAGCAGAGAAACAACGGCGCUCACUCUCACUCACUUCAAAGCCACUCAUACAAAUCCAAAUCACGAAAGUAAGGAUAAUAUGCAUUCACAGGGCGCUUUACGUGGCGUAGCAUGAGGGAGAGAGCCGCUGGCGUAGCUCAUAUAGUAGCAGGAUACUCGACAUUUGUGUGAACCUAAAUUUUGUGUUAGUGCGCAGCACUUGUAUAAAAAAACUUGACCUUUCACAUUUCCUAUAUAUGUGUGUGUACAAGUGUGUGUAAAAGUUCCAAAUUUAGUGCCGCAAUUAUAGUGGAGAAUGAACAGCAACAGCAACGUUGAAUCACGUAAAGCACGACGCUCGUAAAUGUCAUCUGAAGUUUUUUUCUAGCUGUAAGCAGUACACUGAAAGUAUAAGACAGAACCUCGUUACACUUUGCACCACACACCUCGCCAACGAUAUACGACCAGAGAGCGCCCUUAAAUGAUGCCCGAAAUUGAUCGUGACGCUGUUGCUGAAAUGGUAAGCGGAGCACAUGCGCCUAUCUUCAGCACCGCCGCACUACUCGCCAAAGAGCAGCAAAAGUACAAGACACACGCCCGUCUACAGGCAACACUAGCCGAGCAGGAACACUUAAAUAUGGCCGCCGCCAGUUCAUAUGUUUACCAGAGCCCAUUGACCAUACCUCCAAUCGGUCUGCCGCAAUAUAAUAAUUUCCACAUGAACAAUAAUCACAUUGGCGCAUUGAAUCACAAUAUGACCGGACAGCAUUUAGUGGCGAACCAUGCUUGCAUUAGCCCCAGCAACAAAGAAAAGCUUGCGAAUUUGCUAAAGGGGCUUGAACCCGAACAACGUAUUACAGGCAAUUUCCUACAGAAGACGCUUGAAGCAGCACCACGCCCCUUGCAUAGCAACUGUCACACAAAUGGCAGUAGUAAUGCAGCAUAUUUGGAGACAACAUGUUUGUCGGCACCUCCACUCCAGACACCCCUCUCGCCUCCACCACCACCGCCGCCGCGCGCUAAAACACCACAUCCACGGCGAUUAGAAGCUACUACGACGCCGUCAUUAAAAUCCUCCAAAACUCAAAAUGAUCUCGAAAUCAAAGCUGGUGAGAAUGUCACAGAAAGCUGGCAUCCACAUGUCUAUGCGCGGCCACCUAUGCGGCCAACACCACAUUCAAUUGCGGAUAUUCUCGGUUGGCGGGCCACCGCCUCGCCAAGUCAGCAGCGCACAUUUGUCGCUAAUAAUGUCAGCAACAACAACAUGGUUGGUCAACGGGAUGCAAUGGACGAUUCAUCCAAUUCGUCGUCAAACGCAGCUACAGCGCUUCCACCAGUACCAGCUAAAUCGCCUAAAAGUAUACUACGUAAUUUUCAACAACAAUUUGCCCAACAACCGCAGUCACCGUUAAGAGAACCCGCGCAUAUGCGUAGCACAUCGGUGAGCGAGGCCAGUGAGGAUGAUGCAAGCGGCAGUAUAAUGGAUCAGCCUUUGAACCUUUGUGUGCCAAAGAAGCCGCGGGAAUUGAGUUCUCCGCCACCACAUGUGAAGCAAACACAGAUACUUACCAAAGCCGGAACGAACAAGAAAGAUGCCAAUCACACAGUCAAAUCGAGUGUUAAGAAGAAAAAACUUGCGAAUGCAUCCGCCGCUGGUGUUUCCGCCACGAGUGCAGCGUUGUUGGGGUCAGCGUCGUCGACAGUUACGCCUCCGACGUCUUCCUCGUCAAUGCCUGUGCCGGAUGUGAGUCCUACUGGCAGCAGUGACAGCCUGAUGCGCGAUAAGCAAUUCCCGACCGUUAGCACACCGCCUGCCUCCUCUUCCGUGCCUACUGUGGAGACCACGGAGGACGACUCAGAUUCGGGUUCAACAGAUGCGCGACGCAAGAAGAAGGCGCGCACCACAUUCACAGGUCGCCAGAUAUUCGAAUUGGAGAAACAGUUCGAGAUAAAGAAAUAUCUCAGUUCAAGUGAACGCACGGAAAUGGCUAAAUUGCUAAAUGUGACAGAAACGCAGGUAAAAAUCUGGUUUCAGAACCGUCGAACCAAGUGGAAGAAACAGGAUAACAUCACAAACUCGGAAGUUGCCGAACACAAAACCACAAAUACUUCUAAAAAUUCAAGUGAUAACAGCAAAACGUCGAACGGUGCUGCCACAACGAGCUCCACUAGCACCACUACCACACAAGCAGCGGAAACAGCAAGCAAAAAAUCACAAAACCACCACCACAACAACAAUGUCCAAAACAAUAACUCCGCAAACGGUAGCACCGAAAAGGGUCGUUCCACUGCCACGACUGAAAUGAGCGCCAAAUUAUCUGCGAAACAAACGACAAAAAUAAAGAAACAGCUGAGUGCGUUGCUGGAAAAAACCACAAAGAAUCCUACGACGCCGUCUGUCAACAGCAAUAGUUCGGUCCUGAUCAAUGGAGGCGGCGCGAACAGUACUAAACCAACAAUGGUGAGUGGCAGGGAUAAAGCGAGCAGCAACAAUAGCACAGAAAGUGCUCAUCAACAUCCGCAGCAUAAUCACCAACACCAUCCCCACCGGAUUCACCACUCGCACUCGCUUCCUCAUCAUCGACAACACGCCAUACCGCUGACCGUUGAACCGGCAGCGCCAUUGGAACAGACCGAGAAACUCGAAAUAAAAUUGGAAGAGUCACCGCAACACCGCGAACUGCAAUUAAGCAUAUUGCGCGCCACCACCAAUCAUAGUCCUCUGCAAUUCAGCGACAUGGAUUUCGAGAGCAAAUUGGCAGCAUCAAAAAUAUCGAAUGCGCUGCUCGGCUCAAAAAUGAAUGCCGAUAGAACAGAAGAGGCAAGACGACGCAAGAGCAGUAGCGAGGAAAUUGACUUGCAACACGCAACAGGAAAGGCACGAGCUGAGAAACUUUUAAAAAUGGAGGAGGAGGAGGAGGAGGAGAAGGAGAUAAAAGAAACAGACUUGGAUAGGGAGAUGGAUGUAGCGCGAGAAAUAGAUGAAAAGUCACCAGUCGUAGAUGAGGACGAAUUCAAAGAGCAUAUGGAGGAAGAUACCGAGAUGCACAAUAUCAAAAAUUAAAACAAAGGAGAAUGUAUAUCAGAAUAUUUUAUGGAGAGAUCUUCCAGUAUGAACUGUGCCAAAAACUGAACAAAAUGGAAUUUCUAGAAAUUUAAUUUUAAAAUGUGUCUGAAUUAAGUCAUAUGAAGAAGCUCAAUUACUGCAAGAGUAUACUAUUUUAGUUAUAUACAUGUACAUAUACAUGUGUUUAUUAUUGUUAAUAAUGUAUUUAGAUGUUAAACAAUUAAGGAGCAAAAUGCAUAAAACCAAAUCAAUUGAACAAACAAUCGAAUUAUUUAAUAGUUUUAACUAAUGCUUAUGCUUAUUGUAAUUAUAAAUUCGCUUUUCGUAUGCAAAUCCGCAAUUAUUGAACUAGGAUAAGGAGAAACCUAAGGACGGGCAAUGAUUGCUUUAGUGUUGCCAUAAAUUCAAGGAAAAAAAUAAGCAAAUUAAAAAACGAAUGAGGGGUAUAAAGAUUUCGAAUGUGAGAUGAAACGGAAAUUACCGUAAUGUGGGUAUAAUGUGAUAAAUGAAUAUGUGAAACGAACAACUAAACGUAUACGAAAGAAAUUCAAAUGCACGUAUAUUAAUGUCAGAACGAAUGUAAGUAAUUAUACGAGUAAGUAAAAUAUAAACAAAAUGCACUUGCCCAAAUACAUUCUUGCAAGUCCAUUUGCUGUUAAUUUCAAUAAAAACAAAUCGUUUAUCACAUGCGUACACAGUUUAUUGGUCGUGUUUACAAACAAUGAAUGUAAUCAAUUACAUUAUUCACACUUUAACUAUUUAUUGAAUGUACAAAACAGGAGCAUUGUAAGCUUAGCUAUGCGAAAACACAAUACAAUAAAAAUAUAAUAAAAAUUAAACAUAAUGAAUAAA